AUGUCUCGGGUACAGCAGGACCAGUUCGUCGAUGAUGACGAGGAAGAGUGCUGCCCUCUGUGCGUUGAGGAGUUCGAUCUGUCCGACAGGAACUUCCGACCAUGUCCUUGUGGCUACCAAAUAUGCCAGUUCUGCUACAACAAUAUCAAGACGACCAUGAAUGGCCUUUGCCCCGCCUGCCGCCGCCCCUACGAUGACUCCACAAUCGAGUGGAAGACCAUCUCUCCCGAAGAGAUGGCACAGCACAAGCAGCAAAUUGCGCAAAAGGCCAAGAAGAAUGCGCAGAUGCGGCAAAAGGAAGCACAAAAGGCCGAAGCCGACUCGCUUAGCCGGAAGCAUCUUUCUGGCCUCCGAGUCGUCCAGAAGAACCUCGUAUACGUCACGGGUCUUACACCAACAAUACGUGAAGACGAACUGCUCAAGACACUACGUGGCGAGGACUACUUUGGCCAAUAUGGCAAGAUCUUGAAGAUUGUCGUGAGCAAAGCCAAGGAGAACGCACAACAUCAACAGUCGGUUGGUGUCUAUGUGACGUUUGCUCGCAAGGAAGAUGCCGAGAGAUGCAUCAACGCUGUUGACGGGUCGCAAAACGGUGAUAGAGUGUUGAGAGCACAAUUUGGUACUACCAAAUACUGUUCAGCCUAUCUCCGCGGUGAGACUUGCAACAAUCGCAACUGCAUGUUCCUGCACGAGCCCGGCGAAGACAAUGAUAGCUUUACCCGCCAAGACCUUUCCAUGAUGAACUCGAUCCAAACGCAACAGCCAUCCCAAUCGUCAACGUCACGAGCCGCACCUCCUGCGCAUCAUGGGCCUCCCGUAGCCGCUGCAACGCCAAUGCACCGGCAGGAUAGCACGGAUACGUCGAGUUCAAUACAUGACGCACCUGGUCUGCCCGCGACUGCGAAUUGGGGCAGCAAAGCUCUACUGGAGCGUCGUGCAAGCCGCUCAACGACCGCUUCCAACAACGCUAGCCCUAUGGUCACGAAUGCGGUACCCGCACAAGCAGCGAAAGCACCUAAGCCAGUAGAAGCUCCGAAGAAGAAAGGAAAAGAGAAGGAGAAGGAAAAGGAGAAAGAGAAGGAAAAGGAUAAGGAUAAGGAUAAGGAAAAAGAGAGAGAGAAAGAGAAAGAGAAAGAGAAGGACAAGGACAAAGAGAAGGAAAACGAAAAGGAGAAAGAAAAGGAGAAAGAAAAGUCUCCGCAAGCAUCAAAGUCGACAACCUCCGAGUCUACCACCGCAUCUGCAUCCACUCCUACCAUACGCCCUUCCAAACCCCGCAGUCAGGAUUUCCCAGACUUGCUCAAGAUCAUUUGCUCGCCCGACUUCAAAUUUGUGUUCUCUAGUGCAGUUCUUUCCGAGGAAGAGUUGAAGGCUGUGACCGAAUUUCCUCCGUUGCUUGAUCCAAAUGGAGGCGCAAAGCGGCGCGCAAUGAAAGAAAAAGAAAAAGAACUUGCUGUAUUGCGUGAGGCGGAGGGUGAAGUAAAAGUAGCUUCCCAACAGCAAGCGCCAGCCGCUGAACGAGAGGACACUGAGGCUACUGCAGGGGGUAGCUUGCAGUUGGGCGGGGAACCUGAAGACGGACCUGACACAAGCACCAACCAUCUCGGUCAGCAUGCAAUCGCACCACCCGGUCAACAGGGCUUUGGCGGGAGCCUCUUUGGGCAGAACACACCUUUGACUGAGGACUUUAGCACCCUUGGGUUGAGCAACAGAGGCUUGACCCCACAACAGCAGCAGCAGUUACUGCUCUCCAACUUCAAGUCUGGCACUCAAUCCACUGGCCUGCUAGGCAACAUGCAAAACACUCAGCCCCAGCAGCACGGGAUGACUGGAAAUGCUUCUGGACACAACAGGCAUACCUCCCGCUUCAGCUUCGCCAACGACAGCGCUUCAGCUUCGGCGAAUGUGCAGCCGGUGGCGAACCAGAAACUGAUGAAUCAGCAAAAUUCGAUGAUGCCAAAGAACGCCAACCAGUUCAAUCCAAUGUCCCAGCAUCAGCAACUGGGCGGACAAUUCUUCACCAACGUGCAAGGACCGCCUCCAGGACUGAAGCCGACUGGCACACCUCCUGUCAGCGGGACUGGUAUGUUCGGUCAAGGUCACGGCUUUGCUACUGGCGGCCUUCCCUAUGGGACAGGUGCCACUGCAAGGAAUAACAGUGACGCGAUGUAUCAGGAUCUGCUCCGCAGCCGCAACAUGGAUGGUGGUGCAAGGCUAGCUGAUGCUGGAAAGCGUGAGUCAAUGUUUCCUUCUUUCCUUAAUCAACACUCCACGACCUCUACACCUGCCCCUGCCCCUGGUCUUCUGAGCUUCCCUUAUGGGCCUUCGCCUGGCGCUUACCAGGAAUCUGGUUCGCAGAAAUCUAAGAAAAAGGGCAAGAAGCACAGGCAUGCAAACACCUCUUCUUCUGGAGGAGGUGGCCUUGCUGAUGUCCAAGACCCGAGUAUCUUGCAGGCAAGGCUGCAUCAAGGUGGCAUGGCUGGUCAGGGCCUGUAUGGCCAAGGUCAAAGUGGAUUUUCUUCGCUUUAUUCAAACAACAACUACGGCGGCGCUGGACGAUGGUAG